GCAGGGUCGCGGCCGGGGCGUUCGUGACUGCAGCACUCACGACUCACCACUCCGCAACCCGCACUCGCACUCGCACUCGCACUCGCACUCGCAUUCGCAACGACCACGAUGUAUGGAUGACCAACAUGUAGGCUCAUCCAUCACCCGCUUCACCCACCUCUCUACCAUCGCUCGCCCCCUCGUUCGCGCACUGCUCACCAUUCCAUCCGCGCUGAGAUGGUCAAGGUGCCUUUCGUCUCGCCCACCACGGGCAAUGCAGUCCCGCCAUACUACCUGCACGCCUCCUCUGCUCACUUUCGCGACACCAAGGGCCGAGCAGUGCUGCUGCGCGGAGUCAAUCUCUCUGGCUCCUCCAAAGCGCCAUUGGGUCAGCCCAGUCAGAAGCUGCAAGGCUUUUGGGAGAGCGCAGAAAGCGGCCAGGAGAGCUUUGUGGGGCAACCGUUGGAUCUGGAUGAUGGGGGCAGCGCCGAUGUGCACCUCGCCAGGCUUCGAUUGUGGGGCUUUAAUUGUCUGCGAUGGGUCUUUACCUGGGAAGCGUUGGAGCACGAGGGUCCCGGCAGAUACGACGAAGAGUACAUGGACUACACUGUGCGCGUACUGAGAAAGGUCAAGGAGUACGGCUUCAAGGUGUUUAUGGAUCCGCACCAGGAUCUGUUCUCACGCUUUACGGGAGGGUCUGGCGCGCCGUACUGGGUGCUAACCGCCUGCGGUCUCAAUCCUCGGAACUUUACAGCCACGCAAGCCGCCUUUCUGCACUGCGAAUGGCCCAGCGCUUCCCAUCCCAGUCCCAUCGACUUUCCAGACAUGAUUUGGGCGACCAAUUACACUCGCCUAGCAGCUGCAACGCUCUCUGUGCUCUUCUUUGCUGGCAGCGAGUACGCUCCAAAGUGCAUCAUCGACGGCGUCAACAUCCAACACUGGCUGCAGAGGCACUACUUUGAUGCCGUCGCUCGGCUGGCCUCCAAGAUCAGAGAUGCAGGAAACCUCUUGGACGAGUGCGUCAUUGGCUGGGACUCCAUCAACGAGCCCAAUCCCACCUACGUUGGCCUGCAGGACCUGGCUGUGCUGCCGAAAAAGUGGCAACUGAGGAAGGGUCCCAUGCCUACACCCCUGCAAAGCAUGCGUCUGGGCGUCGGCCAAGCGCAAACGGUGGAGAAUUAUGUGUUUGGAAGCUUGGGACCCAAGAGGCAGAGUAGCGUCACCGUCGAUCCCAACGGCAAGAGCAUCUGGCUCUCUGCGGAAGAGGAUGCCAUCAAGGGCGGACCGCGGUGGGGCUGGAAGAGGGACUCGCAGUGGCCCUUGGGCCAGUGUUUGUGGGCAGCACACGGCGUGUGGGAUCAGGCGACCGGCCAGCUGCUCAAGCCAAACUACUUUUUCGAGACCUUGGCACCGCCGGAGGAGAGAGAGAGGUUGGCUAACAAGGAUAUACGUUUGUACAGGCCCGUCGAUUUUGUGGCCGACUUUUGGCUGCCUCACUGGAGGAGUUACGCAGCCACUCUGCGAGCCAUCCAUCCGGAAGCCAUCAUGUUCCUGCAACCUCCAGUCUUCGAACCACCGCCCAAGGAGCUCACGUACGACGAUCUUCGUGGUCGAGCGGCCGUGUCUGCUCAUUUUUACGACGGCCUGACUCUCAUCACCAAGCACUGGAAUUGGUUCAAUGCGGAUGCCGUGGGCUUGCUGAGAGGCAAGUACUCCAGCGUAUUGAGCGCAGUGCGAGUCGGCUCGAAAGCCAUCCGAAAUUGCAUACGAGAUCAGAUUGGAUAUCUGCGACAAGAUACAUUGGACGUGCUCGGGGCGUACCCUACGCUUAUCGGCGAGCUGGGCAUCCCCUACGACAUGGACGAUAAGCGAGCUUAUUUCGGAGACGGUAAAGGCAGAGGCAUUGGCGACUAUUCUAGCCAGACCUUGGCGCUGGAUGCUAGUCUGAACGGCUGCGAUGGCGCCAACGUCCUCAACUUUGCGCUGUGGACGUAUUGCGCAGACAAUACGCACUUGUGGGGAGAUGGCUGGAACGGGGAAGACUUGAGCAUUUGGAGCAUCGACGACGUCAAGAGGGAUCGUGCAGCUGCAUGGCCUUACUCGCAAUUAUCUGGCAUCGUGCGUGCUUGUGACGCCGAUCCUAAUCUCGUGCCGGGUCCUGGCGCAGGCACCCCACCUCAGUACAGCACCGCCAGUCUCGCUACACUCGUCGCGCAGAGCUCUCGAAGCAGCAGCGACGCUGCUGCGUCACAGACGGCUUCAUCGAGCGAAGCGGCACAGCACGUACUUCACGACGCAUCGCCGGAUGCGCAAGAAGCACCGCUGCUCCUAGCCAAGGACGUGGCUUUGCUGUGCAACGGCAGUCGAUCGGCCGCUGCUUUCAGUCGACCGUAUCCGAUCGCUACGGUAGGCGAGCCGGUGAGCAUCGACUUUGACAUCAAGACUUCGGAGUUCAAGCUCGACGUCAACGUCACGCAAGAAGACUUGCAAGAUGCCCACGAGAGCGGUGUGGGUGGAGAACCCAUCGCUACCGAUAUCUACCUACCCUUUGUACACUACGCAGCGGAUGCGCUGGCGGGUGCCGCGAGCGGGAAUCUCUUUGACAGUGGCAAAGCGGUGCAUUCGGAGCUGAAAAGAGAGCGCGCUCGAGAUCUCAAGCGCGCCAACGAGCUCAGUAGAAGCAGUACGCAAAGCGACCUUGCGGCACGCCCACACAUGGGCGACGACUCGUCCAGCGUGCUCUCCGACGCGAAUACGCUGCGGCCCGCGCCUUCCAUGCAAGCAUCGAGCGUUUAUUCGGAGACUGGCUCGUCGAAGAUGAGCCAAUUGACCGGCAGCAAAAAGUCGCGGAACAAGUUGCUGGCUGUACCGGCUGGUCGAAGCUCGCCCUCUCUAGUCUCUCGCGACGUCUCUCGUUCAGCGUCCUCCUCGUCCUUGUCGCCCGCGCAGAGCGCUCGUAUCCCAGAAGGGGUAGCUCUGUCCAUCGAUGUGCAAGUAUCGGCGGGCACGUGGUCGGUGCAAGGUCAGCACCUCAAGUGGUACAUGAGACCAGGCGAUGCACUCGUAGGAGUCGAUGGGGUGGGAUCUCAGACGGGAGCACCCUUCACCAGACAUACGAUCAAGGUCAAGCGAGCAGGCGGACCUCUUGACUUUAGUCGGAGUGCUUCUGCUUGGGAUCUCAUCACUACGGGCUGCGGCUUUUUUUACUGAUGGGCCAAGACGUCUCUGUCCGAAGCAGCAGCAGCAGCGUGCAUAUCAAUGGAUAAU